AUGGCUGAGAGGUUAAAGGAAAAGAUACUUGAUGCUGACAAAAUGGUUGAUGUGGUCUGCGGGCCUGAUGCUUAUAGGGAUUUACCGCGAUUGCUGGAAGAGGUUGACUAUGGCCAGAAAGGGAUCAAUACUCUUCUUUCACUUGAGGAGACUUAUGCUGAUAUUAAUCCAGUUCGAAUCUCCAAGAACUCAGUUACUGCUUUUGUCUCCGUGAUGAGGGGUUGCAACAAUAUGUGCUCAUUUUGUAUUGUGCCUUUCACCAGAGGCAGAGAGCGAUCGCGUCCUGUGGAAUCCAUUGUGAGAGAGGUGGCAGAGCUUUGGAAAGAAGGUGUGAAAGAAGUAACGCUUCUAGGCCAGAAUGUGAACAGCUACAAUGAUGCGCUUGGGAUUGAGAAAGAGGUUGAAUCAGGGUCCAACUGGAAAUUUAGUGAAGGAUUUUCGAGCAUGUCUAAGGUCAAAAAAAUGGGCUUAAGGUUUUCUGAUCUGUUGGAUCGACUCUCCUCAGAAUUUCCUGAUAUGCGAUUCAGAUUCACGUCUCCACACCCUAAAGACUUUCCAGACGAAUUGCUUUAUCUAAUGCUGGAAAGACAUAAUAUAUGCAAAUUAAUACAUUUACCUGCACAAACAGGAAGUAGCACAGUGCUUGAGAGAAUGAGACGAGGAUAUACUCGAGAGGCUUACUUGGCUCUUGUGCAAAAAAUUCGAAGUGUUAUUCCAGAUGUGGCCUUAAGUAGUGAUUUCAUUUGUGGGUUUUGUGGAGAAACAGAGGAGGAUCAUGCUGACACGUUGACUCUCAUAAAAGCUGUUGUUUAUGAUAUGGCAUACAUGUUUGCUUAUAGCAUGAGGGAGAAAACACAUGCCCACAGAAAUUAUGUUGAUGAUGUUCCUGAGGAAAUAAAGCAGAGGAGACUAAGUGAACUUAUUGAGGCUUUCCGUGAGAGCACAGGAAAGUGUUAUGACUCUCAGAUUGGAACUAUACAGCUUGUAUUAGUUGAAGGGCCCAAUAGGAGAGCUCCAGAUACUGAGCUUAUUGGCAAGAGUGACAAGGGCCAUCGAGUGUUAUUUGUCAAUCUUCCAAUCCCAGAUAGGGAAGAUGUUAAUACAAAGCGAAAUCCUGUGGUUGGUGAUUUUGUUGAAGUCCGCAUAUCAAGAUCUACAAGGGCAUCACUCUUUGGCGAAGCACUUGCUAUAACGAAACUCAGUUCAUUUUACAAGAAUAUGGAUAGAGAAGCUGUUGCAUGCAGCAUGUAA